GGUCAAUCCGGCACCGAGCUGGAUUCCCUUCACCACUGGGCGUGGUACGAAACACGAUGCCAGUUCCACUAGACCAAUAAUCGACAGCCCUCCAACUAUCGCCCCCACGCCUAUCCCAGCGGCCAUAGUCUCGUGCAGGGUUAAGGGCCUUGCGAUUGCCACUGCGGCUAGGACUUUCAUCGCGCCUGAUAAGACAUUGAAAAGUCCAGAAAAGAUGAGGGUGGACGUAAGGGAAAUGCAACCCGCAGAGGCGAGCGCUAUCGUUAGCGGAAGGAAUUGCAGCGAUUUUAAUAACGUAGGUCGCUCUAUAUCGAGAUUGAAGAAUGACCUGAUUUUGGUCAAGGUGCUGGGCAUAUUGAGUGGCGAUCUCUACCGAGGGACUCUAUGGGCUGUCAAAGUAGGGGCGAGAUUGCCAAUCUCUACAUGCCACCUUUAUGGCGGAACCGAUCCGACUUAUCGACCAAUAGUAUGCUCCCUGUUUUAUCCGCCAACAAGAGGGCAUAUCGUAAAGCCUUAUCAGGCUUUAGCCCUGCCAGGUUCAACUGUGUUGGGAAGCCUUUCACCGGAACGUCCGGCUAUACUUCCUUUUCUGUUUUGCAUAUCCGCGCUGUCUCUUCAAGACAAAUAA